AUGACCAAAAAGGUCAACGUUAAUUUCGAAGGGAAUUUGUCUUCUCUCUUAUCUUGUGACUGUAAUGUUAAUGAACCUGGAAGAGUGGCUUUUGUCUCUGGCAUCAAAGAAAAUAACAAAAUUUGUUACGGAGAGUACACGGAAGUCAUCAAAUCUUUAAAAGAGGUUGUUGAUAAAUGUUUGUUCACUUGGGAGACUUUCCCUGUACAACUUCCUAAAUCGUUUUUGUCUCUAGCAGCUUACGAAGAUUUAAAUAUAUCGGACCUCUUCUAUGAUAACAAAGUUGAAAAGUGUGAGGCGGCUGCCAGAGUAUGUUUUCGAGAUCUAAAUGUCGUAAAUAAAAGUCAACGACAGGAAAUCCAUACAGACGCACAGUUCGUUGUGCCUUGCACAACAUUCACGGGUGAAGUACAUGCAUGGAAAAUCUCUCCUUGGCUUCUGAAAGGAACUCGAAAUAUUUACAAACAUUUUAAUAGAGAUUUAUAUAAAGCUUUGUCUGUAGUGGUGGUAACUUCUAUGAAUUUCAUUGAAAGUCCGAAUUUCUCCAUCUCUCGAUCAUUGGUUGAUUUAUGCAUCUCCAUCUACUCUAUGCUAGAUAUCUUUUUUGGUUGGCCUCGAGUCAAUAAUGGUGAUGUAGAUCUCAAGCUGCUUGAGGAACGACUUGGGUUUCUGAUAUGUGAGCUGUCCGUUAAAUCUAGUCAAAAGAAAAAAGUACUAGACUUUUGGAGUAUCUGCGAACAUCUAAGUAAAUUACCUUUUGGAAAGUGUGAGGAAAUUCCAGAAAACAUCCCGUUACCGUAUCGAUUUUUAACACCAGAUCGUGUCUCAGUUGAUCUUCGUCUUCAUGAUCCCGUUCUGCUUGAACGCUGUUUACAUGUGAUUGGAGAUUUGGAGAAUUCAGUGCGAGGAGAUUGGUUCCAAGAUUUUAAAGAAUAUUCUGUCUCACAGUUUAGAGAUGAAAAGAAAUCAGUAUCUGAAGUUAAAAGGUUAGUUUUACUGGAUGGUAUGAAACAGUAUGCAAUACGACUAUUUGAUGCCAUUCGUCAAAGUGAAGCGUUGCAUGAAAUUAGUCCAGGGAUAGCUGAACCAUUAAUUCAAGAAGCGAAAUUCAAGUUAAUUGUGACAGAAGCUAAAGAACUAUUUAUGCAAAAUUGGCUGUCAUACUGUCAGUCGUAUGAACGAAACUUAAAAUUAAACAAUCCUGUUUUAUUUAAUAUUCCUAAAUGGCGUUCAAAACAGUGGUAUUAUGCAAAGGCGGAAUACCUUCAGGAGCAUAAGUUGGACAUUCAUGAAUACGUUUUAUCGAAAUGCAUUUCAAAUGGUUUAGAAUCUUAUGCUUUUUUAAUUGGCCGUGAUUUAGCAUUUUUAAAAGACCGUGAAUGUUUCCUACGCGAUCAAAUAUUUAAAAGCGCCAGAUUUCCAGAUGAAGAGUUCAUUUUUCAAGUUUCACGACGCUGUCUUCGUAAUGUUUAUGUGUAUCGUGAGGACUUUAGCUUAUCAAGUCGUUAUCAACUUGUAGAUACAAUAUUGGUCAGCUAUGAUUCUGAUAAAGAUUCUCCUGAUAAACUACCUACAAUUAAGCAACAUAUCAAAAGAAACAAAACUCAGAAUUGUACAACUGAAGUUAUUCCUUUGAUGUACCGAUUUCCGCGCAAUUCUUUUGCUAUGAAUACGUCCAAGACCAAUAAAGGUGAUAAUUUCCCGUCUCAUGGUGACUUCUUUACUGAUAACAUUGUAGCAUCAAAUACAGACUUUUCAAAUAUUUUAAAUUCACCUGAUCAUCGUUACCGAGACCCGUUACUCCCACCCAAGAGCAGUACUGACCAUGUGAAUUAUUCGCAAUCAAAUUUUGUCAUGCAAUCUACAUUAGUGUUAAAAGCUUCGACACGUCAUUUUAUGUGGCGUUGGCUUGUUUUCUUUCUAUGCACUUAUUCAUGGCUCAUCCGUUCAUCGCAAUACUUUUUUGUCAUUAUCCCUUUCCAAUCAUGUGUCAGUUACGUGGUAUUGUUCAAGCCGACGUCAAUCUAUUACAUGUACAAAGUAGAUAAAAAUUCAGGCUAUGUAUAUCAUGACAAAGCAUAUUAUAAUCAUACUUUAAUCAGCUUUCUUCGUCAAAUGUGGACUACACUACGUAAAAAUAGGCAAAAUUUUGACCAUCAAUUGUUAUCAACUGGGAUUUUUCGAUGGUAUAUAAUACGACCAAUUCAUUGGAUCUGGACGUAUAUAAUUUGUGGUGUCUUGACAACCAUGGUUCUAAUAAUAUUUUGGCCUACACUAUGUAUUUUAUGCUCUACCACUUCAAUAGUAGUCGGUGUGCUAUCGAUACCUGUGAUACCAUUACUAUCAUUACUUGCACAUUUACUUGGUUUACUGUUUUGGAAUGCAUACACACCGGUUCUUGGUUCUAAUCGUCUGCUACCAUUAUUCGAGAUUAUUAUUUACCAAUUCUUGUUAAAAUCGAUCGUGCAAUUUUUAGUCAGUGUACUGUGUGCAUUUAUAUUAUGCCCUGUAUGGUUCAUACUUCAUCUUUUAUUCACCGUAACCAAAUAUCUACUGUAUACUUUGUGGGAUGCUUUCGUAUUUCACUUCGUGUUCAAACUAGUCACUCGUAUACCAUGUCAAGAGAAUUGUUCUGUAAAACGUUCUAAUGAUCCUAAAACUGUGCGAAGCAUUUGCUUACUGGCUCGACCUGAAGACAUUUUGAUUAUACUUAAUGUGCAAUUAGAAUAUUUGGAACUGAAUUUAUGGAAAAGCCAAAUGGAAUCUAUGGCUAAGAAGCCUAUCACUGUGUACAACGAUUUUUUACAAUCAUUAUCUUCCCUACCUAUAUCUGUGUUAUCGGACAACACUGUCGCCGAUACAUUAAAUACCAAAACUCGAUGUUGGCUCAACCUAAUAGAAAAGAGUUAUAAUAGGCGUGCCAAAGCUCUUGAAGUUCAAUCCAAGUCGAAAUUCUUUCGACGCAUAAAGUUAUCUGAUCGAAAUUUAAAAUUAACUCUUGAUUUAGGCUCCGAGUUAACUAAAUGUUUCUAUGAAUUGCGGAUUCUGCCUCGUAUACAUUUAUUGGAACGACGUAUUGAUGAUUGGUGGUCAGAAUUUCAACUUGAUGAAAAUGAUUUCACUGGUCUAUGCAGUUAUUUGCUAAGAAAUGCAUUCGGUGAACAGAUUUUCUGCUGUAUUACAGAAAAGAAUAUUACCAUCCCAUUACAGACUCGUGAUGCUAGUCUUGGUCACCGAUUCCGUGAAUUGAUACUUUCGAAUUUAAGCAAACAAAUUUGUGGUUCUUCAGCGCAUUCAGUACAUGGAAACGAGGUUCAGUCAGUUACUGUAGAAUCUGUUAACCAUUUGGAAGAAGAAUCCUGUGAUCUCAUUGAAUUAGAUAAUGAAGAUGAAUCUCUUUCAUUAGGAAGUGAUAGUUGCGCCUCUAAACGGGAAAGAUUAUCACAACGUUGUACAGUCAUAGCUGUUUCGAGCAAGCAGGAACAUAGUGACAAUAAUAUAAGUAAUUGUAAUAAUUUGGUUUCAAGUUCAAAUUUCCCAGUCGAUUCUCAUAAUUCAGUUACUGAAACAUCUUGUGAUCCAAAUAGUGUUUAUGUUUCGCCUAUCGUACACAGCACUGUGCAUUCAGGAGGAUACGAACCCAAUCUGAUGAAGCCUUCAAUUAUUGAUCCGAUGUCUCUUAUUCACAUUGAUUUACCAAAUUUUCCUCUAUCAGUUUUUGCACCAAGAACAGUUCGAACUCUUCCAUCUCCUCUGAAAUCUUGUUCUAGACAAAACGUCCCAUCUGUUGAGAAAAGUACUCGCAAUCAUAACACAUCAAGUCAGUGUUCUUGUAUAUCAUUAACAAAAACCUAUUUGGAGAGUGAUUUUCAUAAAUAUCUAGCUGAAACAUGGUCUGAUCAAUCGUUUGAUGAACUAAACUCCUUAGAGUCUGAUCCAUUAAUGCAGCACAAAGGAGCAAUGCAGUCUCAUCAUCAUAAGUAUUCAGCGGCUAAACGUCUGUUAUCCAGUUGGACAAUAUUGAUUUCAGGCGACAAUGUUACUAAUGUGGACGAUAUUAGUACCAAUACAUGCGAUAAAGAUGAAAACCAGGAAUUACAUGAUAAAAUUCGUUCUUUGUUAAGACUUGGAAAUGAAGAAAAUCAAUCGUGUUAUUGCUGUGACCAUUUGUCUACAAGGAAUUCGGCUACCAUGUCUAAUAUUGACAAGUCUAUUUUCGCAUUUCAGAACGUUAUUCAGCAUAUGGCACGAGUUUAUCAUCCAUGUAUUAUCACACUGCUAAUGCAUUCAAGAGAUCGUGAAAACACUGUACUCGAUGUGAAUCAUCCAUUGAUUCACAAACUGAUCCAUCAAAUCACCAGACCAAAAGCACAAAUGAAGUUAAUUAAAAAAAUUCAUGCUCACGAAAACAUUGUCGUGAGUGAUUUAACUGGUUAUUUGGAUUCUUCAUCUCAUAAAUCUGAUGGACAGUACGGUUGUUUACGUAGAAAUGAUGGUUCCAAUAUGAAUAGUAUGUCGUUAGAUACCAUGAAUAAUGCAUCAAAUGAUAUUUUGCCUUAUUUUAAACAACCAAAACACUCUCAACAAUUUCUCAAGUCACCGAUCUCUACUAGUGGACUGAUACAUCAUCCUGAUUCAACCGCUCAUUAUAGAUGGUAUUCUAAUGUAAAUGUUAGUUUUACUAACCCUCAUUUUACUAAUAUCAGUAAUAAUGAUUGUAUUAAUAAUGUUAUGAAUCAGUCGUUGCAUUUUCAGCCAAACUGGUCAAAAAAUCACUCAUCACAUGAAGGAAUCUAUGAUUUUGCACAUUCACAACAAUAUUUUAUUCCUAUGAACGAAAUGGCUAAGAAAAGUAAUAAUAAUUAUGACAACCAGAUCACUGUUAUUAAUGAUAAUAACUUACUAAAUGCUUAUAGCUAUCGAAAUUCAAAAUGCUUUUGGUCUGGUCUUGAGAUUCCAACGAAUAAUCAUGAGGAUAAAGAUUUUUCAGGUGGUACACCAACACCUAGUUUAUAUGGCACUGAAGAUGCAGCUACAACAGAUGAUUUAGACGAGACUGAAGAUAUCUUAUCCAUGUCAAGCAGUGUACAUCAUUCUGAAUUAGUUGAUAAUUUGCUUAAUAUAACUACACAGGAACAAGACAUUAUAAAUGACAUCAGCAAUCCAACUGCUACUCGUCCAUUGCGUUUACCUUUAGCUAUACCAGAAUUAUUAACAAUAUCAGCAACUACGGCUGGUAGUGGAGAUACACAAAGUCAAUUGGAAAGUGAAAUUAUUGAUGAUUGUUCUUCGUUUGGUUUAACAAGUUCACGGUUGUCGAAUCCUAGACAGUCAUUAUCCUUCACUAUUGAUCCAUUGCCAUGUAUUCAGUCAGUGCAAUCAAAAUCUAGUCAACUUGAAUCACAUGAAGUACUAAAAAUCCCAGCUACAGAAUGUGCAUGUAGUCCAGUUGGUAAUUCGAAUAUGUUUUUUGAUUCCAGCCCAGCUGAAACUGUGAUUAUUAAUGGAAUGUUUGGAACUACUAAAUCCAGCAGUCACCUAUUACUUCAAGAUCAAGACAUACAGUCAAUUGAAGAAAAUAACUCAAAUUUCAGUUCAAAUAUUUAUUACGAUAACAAUGAACAACAUGAUACAAAAGACAUCAGUCAAAUUGAAUCGGAUUCAACCGUACUGAAUGAUCAAAUUAAGAUUUUUGAAAUGGAUAAUGUUGAUGAUGAGGAAUGCGUGGAUGAUGAGCAUAACACUUUGAAAACUGUGAUCAAAUUGUUCUGA